CCUUGUUGGAAAGGGAAAAGGUGUCCUGUAAUGGUUGUCUAGCGACAUGUUAAUCCACUGAAAACGAAAAUUUCUGUAGAUUCACUCCUUAUUCCAUAAUCCACCAACAUCGUUGCAUUUGGCAAUUCAAGCUUAGAAUCUACGUCUCUCUCUGUCUGUGCAAUUUUCUUGCAUUAUCUCUUUAAAAUCGACCCGGAUUUAUUGAACCCAGCUGAAUUCAAUACCACAAAAACAAGAAAAUUUCCACAUUUCAAAGAUACGAUGUCGUACGAGGAGGACGAGGAGACCUUCGAGCAUACCCUUUUGGUAGUCCGGGAAGUAUCCGUUUUCAAAAUCCCGCCCCGAUCAACUAGCGGUGGGUACAAAUGCGGCGAGUGGUUACAGUCCGACAAGAUCUGGACGGGUAGGCUCCGGGUAGUGUCCUGCAAGACCCGGUGUGAGAUCCGCCUCGAAUAUCCAAAUUCCGGCGAGCUGUUCGCAGCCUGUUUUGUGAAUCCAGGUCAAAGAGAGAGCUCCGUUGAACCAGUGUUGGACUCGUCGAGAUACUUCGUGUUGAAGAUCGAGGAUGGGCAAGGGAAGCACGCGUUCAUAGGGUUAGGGUUUAACGAGAGAAAUGAAGCGUUCGAUUUCAAUGUUGCACUUUCCGAUCACGAAAAGUAUGCGAAGAGAGAAGGCGACAAGGAUGUUGGCGUCAAUGGUGGUGGUGAGGGGAGCAAUGAGGAGAAUCAUAUUGAUAUUCAUCCAGCUGUGAAUCAUCGAUUGAAGGAAGGGGAAACCAUUCGGAUAAAU